AUGAAUACCGAAGGUGAGGGAUGGGGCAGGCGGGAGACCAAUUUCAACAUGUUGAGGUUGAGGUUGCGAGGUUGGGAAGACGGGGAUCGAGCUGAAAAGCGUAUUCUCUUCGUGCUGUCCGCCCGCUCUGACGAUUGA